AUGUUCAGUCUAGGAUCUGCAGGCAUGGGCUCAGCGUCACAUCCCAAUAACAACGGCCCCUUAUCCAAGAGGAAGAUGUCUAGAAAAGACAAUGCCCCGCCAACGGAUAAACACUUCAUGUACCCGCCGGUCGAGAGCUUCGAGCCAGCCAUUGAUGGACCCCCAUCACCUCAAGGUAUACGCGCAUACACUGAGCAGAUGAGAAGGGGCUCGGCCUUUGUCCCCAAAUCGACUACCCCUUCAUUCACCUCAGCUUCCUCCUUCCGAUCCCGUCAAUCCAGUCUCGAUUCCUCCAACAGAAUCGAAUUGCAACGAAAAUCCUCUGGCAGAUCAAACGGCAGUAGUAUGGCGGCGAAAGAUAGACCCGAUAGUAUAAACCUAUUCGGAAAAACGAUCUUCUCCCGAAGCAGUAAAAAGUUUAGGCGCAAUCAUCCUUCAAUGGGGGGAUCUUCAACAUCGCUUGCGAGUGGUGCUGGAGAGAAGGAACGUGGCGAUGCAUCUAGUCGCAGUCCACCACCUACCAGUUACCGCGCUCGAAAGAGUACCAUCUCUGGACCAUACAACUUCCAACACAUUACACACACCCAACAAAAUGAACUACCCGACUUGAGGCAAAUUCCUCCCACGGAAUUGGUCUCCGAAUUCUCGGCUUUACGGGCAUCUCAAGCUCCAACGAGCGGGAAUCUCAAGGGUAUUAGAGCUCGAGAUCUCAUGUUUGAAAAUUUCUCUUUGGUAGCAAUAGACUAUGCCCCCGAUGUUGACGCGCCUAGAAGUCCCACGAGCCCCAAGAGUCCUUCGUGUCCUGUUACCCCGCAAAGACAAACCGCACAUCGGGCGUCUGUAACACCACCACAAAACAAUCCAUGGAGACCUAUUAAUUACUCCAUGUCACAUGACAAUCUUCGAUCAGUGCCUGUACGCCCAUCACGGUCUCCUGAGUCUCCUCGCUGUACGGUUGAUCCACCCGCUCGAACAUCGUCGAGAGCAGCCUCGAGUUUCUUCAACCAUGUCGACCCCUCCACCGCGCUUGAUUUUGGUCCAUCUUUGAAUGCCAACCUCCAGGAAUCAGCACCGUUUGAUUUUACUCCGCAGACACAUCCUUCGCCACCUAAAUGGGAUAGAAGGGAGUCAGACGUAUCUGCCAAGCACCUGUCCCAUGCAGUCACGACUCCCGGCGAGGAGGCAUGGCCUUUGUCUGCACCAUUAAAUGGAAAUUUUGGAGUUGAUCUUGCGGAUGUCCCCGAAGAGGAUGAGCAGAGCAGGACGCGAUCGAGAGAGUCGAGCACAGAUGGUGAAUUGCGACUUUCAAAAUCGGUCCCAGGUUUGAGGAUGAGAGCACUUGAGCAAGCUCCACAUAUGCCGGAUAUGCCACCGAUUCUGGGAAGGCUUGGCUCUGUUGACACCUCAAGAUUUUUGAAACGACCCAACUCACCCAAGCUCAGCUUAACCACGGAUUCUUGGGAAGACGCGAUCGAUUUUUGUUACAUGGAUGAAGCUGGCGAAGAUUGGGAUUAUCAACCCGAGGAAACAUCUGAGCAGAACAAACCUGUCAUAGCCCAAGUGGGACAGCCCGCUAUGGAUUUGCAUCUUGAUAACCAACGUCAUGCUUCCCCUGGCCGAUUCCGUCCAUCUUUACUGGUCCCUGCACCUCUCGAUCUUCCCGCACUUUCUCCACUGUCAAACUUGUCGAGCGCAUCAUCAUUUCUACCUACGCCAACCGAUUACUUCCGCCCCAAUCACAUGCGACCCAAUUCCCAUGCAUCUUCGUUCAAAGAGUCGGAUGGGUUCAAUCUCUCCCCAACUCUUCUCAUUCCUUCGGAUGAAUAUUCUCUACAGAGCGAACAAGAUGCUUUGUUUGACACAUAUCACCAUGACAACGUCCCGUCGGCGUCUAUUUACCCCAUGGAUACUUAUGACCAACCUUCGUCACCAAUAGACGAAACUCUUUCCAGUAGCACCUCUUACCGGUCCUCGGUUUAUUCACACAAUAGUCUCAGAAGCAGCACUAUUAGUAGCCGCUACAAUCGAUCCAGUCAAGAUUCGGCUCUCCUAAUUUUCCAGGCAGGAAGCAUGAGCAAAGCUCAUAGAAGUAUUGGAUCUGCAUCCUCCUUGCCUGAUCUUGUCCCUUCUCUUCGCCCAAAACGUGACAGCAGAACACUUGGAGCACUCGCUACGACAACAUCUGACCCGGAACUCGUAACAAAAGUUUCUAGCCUAAAACUUGAUGACGACCAAUCUUCGGAAGUUUCUGAGCUUCAGAAUCUUCCGGUCAACCACGUACGCAAGUCAAUCAAAAACCCUAACCAUUUUGCUCCACCUCCACCCACCAUUUCUACAGCUGUUCCCGAUGCAGCGUCUAGCAUCCUUAGCCCUGUAGCUGAGAGCUUUACCGAUUCACCUCCUGCUAGACCACGCCUGAGAUCUGCUCUUUCUCGCGAGCUAUAUGCUCCUGCCUCGGUCGAGUCAUUCAUUUCCAACCACGGACGAAAGGUCUCUGCGCCUAUCAUCACUGACAGAAAUUUCCAAGAUGUCGGGCCUAGAUCAAGAUCCAACACAUUGUCUAAUACCGCCGCGGCCGCGGCUGGCAAGCGCAGAGGAAGCUACAAUCUUUUUCCCGCCCCUCCCACUACUGCCUCAAAAUAA